AUAAUUGAAUAAUAACUAAAACAAUGAAAACAUUGGUUGUCAUAAUUUUGUUUGUCAUCAUCAUUGGACUCAAUGGCAUAUCGGAUGCCAAACAAUUAAAACUAGUGUUUGCGAUUUUUAGACACGGCGACAGAACACCAGUGGCAACAUAUCCGACAGAUCCGUAUACUGAUGAAUCAAAAUACUGGCCCGACGGCUACGGUCAAUUGAUCCAGAGUGGAAAACAGCGCAUGUAUUCAUUGGGCAAAUAUAUGCGCAAACGGUAUAAAAGUUUUUUGGGUCAAUCUAUCCGUGAGGUAUGGAUCAGGAGUUCCCAACGGGACAGAUGUCUUAACAGUGCUUUAUUGGUUAUGGCCGGACUCUAUCCCCCUACUGGUCGUUGGAAAUGGGGCAGAGAUUUGGGAAAUGUUUGGCAACCGGUACCGGUAAAUACAGUUGAAUUUGCCAAAGAUAGUAUGUUAAAUCCCGAUUCCGACUGUCCCGUUGCUAAGAGAGAAGAAUAUAUAAUUAGUAAAUCAAAAGAUGUCCAAAAUUUAUUCAAAAAACAUAAGAGAUUAGUGAAUUAUAUUGCAACCAAAACGGGUCUCAAAUUCAAAGAUCACGGUACAGGACGGGAUCUCUACAAUAACUUACAGAUAGUACAGACACACAACCAUAUGUUACCCAAUUGGACUAACAGUGAAGUGAUGGAGUGUCUCAAAGAGUUUCAUGAAAUGUCAUUUUUGUUUGACUCGUCCACACAAUUGAUUAGAAAAUUAAGAGCCGGACAACUGUUAAAAGAUAUUAGGUAUCGGUUGAAACAAUUUAUUGCCAGCAAAGAGAAGUUUAAACACAAAUUGUUUAUAUACUCAACUCACGACACCCAACUAUCGGUAUUCUUGAGGUCACUCGACAUCUACAACAAUAUGUCUCCACCAUAUGGAUCGACCAUUUUUAUAGAAUUAUACGAUUUGCAGACAAAGACUUCUAAAAAAAAGUCAGUCUUUGAACUGGAAGUUCAUUAUCUAAAUGAUACCAAAUCGGAGAAGCCGUAUGAACUGCCGGUGAAAAUGUGUCAAAAAGCAAAUAAAACAAUCUGUGAAUUGAAUAACUUUUUCUCCGUAACUAAGAAUCUAAUUGUCAACAAUUGGGAACAGGAGUGUCAGGAAAGCUAUUUGUCGUCGAUUUUUAAGUUUGAACUUUAA